CCCGGCCGGGCCUGCGGGCAGCGGCGUGCCCGGCCGCUGCAGGGCUGCCGCCGGAUCGCUCACCUGGUGCGAGCUGCCAGUGCCGCCUGGUGCUGCCCAGCCUUGGCUUGUGUGCAUAUGGUAGCUGCCAGCAAGGGGAGAACGCAUUUUGGGCUAUAGCUUAAAACUUUACUGGUGUUCCCUUGCUUCUCCCUGCUUGAGGGGUUUUAUUCGUUGAGUGGAGAGGAAGUGGUGGAGGAAAUGACCUAGAGGCCUUACAAAUACAUUCGUGCAUUUUUGUUCUGAGUCUGCAAUUGAGGGCAAACGCAGUCUGGAAGCACCACUUCUUAAUGUUACACCAGAAACAACUACCUCAACUAACAGGGAAAGGGGAAGAAGGCUUGCAAUAACAAACACUCGAGUUUUUAAUAGCUUAUAUUUGCAAAGUCUUCUGUAAACAGUCCAGAUUUUUUCUCCCCUCCGAUAUUAAGAAGAGACACUACAGGUAAAUUGAGUUGGCAGACUGGAUCUGUCAAGACAUUUGAAGAUAUUUGAUCUGCUGACAUAAGGAUUUGCUUUUUCAAGGAAAGAGCCUCUGCACUGCUUUUAUAAUCGCUGUUGAUCGGUGGUUUGCUCCACUUUUCCUGAUACUACUAAUGGGAGAAUUGUAUUAAUUGCUUCUAAACCUAUCAUUUGCAUUGACAAAAUUAACUUUUGUAGAUGUAACAGCAAGUGACAAUGUCAUGCUCGUGAAGAACUUGUAGGCGAUCCCUUCUCUGCUCCAGUUGGCUUUUCUGCUUGCAGAGGGGGUACCACACAAGAGACAGAGCUUUAUUGAGAUACUUGGGCUUGCUUUUUGAGUACAGUUUAUAACUGCAGCAGGGCUGCACCGAACACUGAAAACACAGAGUCAGCGAAUCUGCUGCCAUUCCCACUGCUGAUACAGAUUAUACAGACGCUCGCCUUUCUGAAAUGCCUUUUGUGGAACCUAUGUACACAGUCCUGCAUUGUUACUGUACAUAGAUACUCGAGGAAGGAAUUUGACAAGUGAUUGUUAAUUGAAGAACUCUCUGGACAAGCACUCACUUAUGUAUUGCUGCAGUGCACAAGAAAGCAAAAUGGACUAUAAGCGGCGCUUUUUGCUUGGCGGGUCCAAGCAGAAGGUGCAGCAACACCAGCAGUACCAGCUGCCCGAGCUGGGCCGGGCCCUGAGCGCCCCGCUGGCGUCGGCCACCCCCGGCUCCCCGCUGGUGUCCCCGGCUGCUGCGGGCGGCUGCUCCCACCCCGCCCCCCACACCACUCCCAUCGCUGACAUCCAGCAGGGAAUCUCCAAGUACCUGGACGCGCUCAACGUCUUCUGCCGAACGAGCACUUUCCUCACGGAGCUGUUCAGCGGCGUCUUCAGGAACUCGCACUACUCCAAGGCAGCUAUGCAACUGAAGGACGUGCAGGAACAUGUCAUGGAAGCGGCCAGUCGACUCACAGCAGCAAUAAAACCAGAAAUAGCAAAAAUGCUGAUGGAGCUGAGUGCAGGAGCUGCAAACUUCAAGGAUCAAAAAGAGUUCAGCCUGCAGGACAUUGAGGUACUUGGGCGAUGUUUCUUGACAGUGAUGCAGGUCCACUUCCAAUUCCUGUCACAGGCUUUGCAGAAGGUCCAGCCAGUGGCACACUCCUGCUUUGCUGAAGCUGUAGCUCAGGAGAGGAAGAAUGUUAGUGGGACUGGAGCCUCAAAUACAAGCCCCACAAAUGAGCUGGAGGAUGCAAUAAGAUCGUGGAGGGGAGCAGCAGAGGCCACAUCUCGACUGCGAGAAAGAGGCUGUGAUGGAUGUUUGGCAGGAAUUGAAGUUCAGCAACUUUUCUGCUCACAGAGUGUGGCCAUCCCUGAACAUCAGCUCAAAGAGCUAAACAUGAAAAUUGACAGUGCUUUGCAGGCUUACAAAGUGGCUCUGGAGAGCUUGGGUCAUUGUGAAUAUGCAAUGAAGGCUGGCUUCCACUUGAACCCAAAAGCAAUUGAAGCAAGUCUUCAGGGCUGUUGCAGUGAAGCUGAAGCCCAGCAAACAGGAAGGAGACAGACUCCACCUCAGCCCAUUCAGUGUGAGCUGCCCACUGUCCCUGUCCAGAUCGGAUCCCAUUUUCUGAAAGGAAUCUCCUUCAAUGAGUCUGCAGCAGAAAACCUGAAGCUGAAAACGCACACAAUGCUGCAGCUGAUCAAGGAAGCAGGAUGCCACAAUGGACUCACGCCCCGGGACGACUCCCCCGUGACUGAAGUGCUGAACCAGGUCUGCCCCUCCACGUGGAGAGGAGCCUGCAAAACUGCUGUGCAGCUCUUGUUUGGCCAGGCUGGACUGGUGGUUGUGGACACGGCACAGAUUGAAAAUAAAGAAGCCUAUGCUCCUCAGAUAAGUUUAGAAGGAUCAAGAAUUGUGGUGCAAGUUCCAUCAACUUGGUGUCUGAAAGAAGAUCCAGCAACAAUGUCUUUGCUACAGAGGAGUCUGGAUCCGGAGAAGACUUUGGGGCUGGUAGAUGUGCUCUACACUGCUGUGUUUGAUAUACACAGGUGGAAGGAAGGAAGGGAGCAAGCUUUGCCCUGUAUUCAGAUCCAGUUGCAGCGUGAGAUCUCAGACUUUGGGAGCCAAGUUGACAUGCCAUCGGGGAAUGGAAGCAAAUCUUCAGGGGGCCUGCAAAAGACAUUCUCAAAACUGACUUCACGGUUUACAAAAAAAACUUCCUGCAGCAGUACAAGUAACACAGGAAGUUACUCAAUCCCCAAUACACCUUCCAAAAACGUCUUCAUAAGUUCCAGCUCAGAGGAGAAAGCUAAAAUGCCCACGAACAUGGACACACGGUUGCAGAACAUCCUGAACAUUGGUAGCUUCCCUCGGAGCGCAGAUGCUCUGCCAGCUCAGAGCACCAGUAACCAGCUGGUCAAUGGGUUUCUGGUGGAGAGACGGGACAGCUUCUUCAAACCAGAUGAUGGCAAGGAUGACAAAGGUAUGAAUUUACCAACUGACCAAGAAAUGCAGGAUGUUAUAGAUUUCUUGUCUGGUUUUAACAUGGGCAAGUCUCAGCAGACUUCUCCGAUGGUGAAAAGAAGGAACUCUGUUGCAUCCUCUACAGCAACAGAACAAAAGUCAGGAGCAGUUCAACAGCAGCCACAGUCUGUGUCUCACACUCCACUGCAUCCUCCUCAGCAAGGCUUGUCCCAGCAGCAGUCCCAAAAGCAGCAGCAGCAAAUGCAGUAUUACCAACACUUGCUUCAACCUAUUGGACCACAGCAACGUGUACCUGCCAAAUGGCUCAGUAAUUCUUCACAGCAGCAAGCCCCGGCUGUUGGAGCUGGAUUGUCUCAUAUAAAUCAGUGGAACAAUCCUGGUUUUUCAGAUUUAAGCUCUGAUUUGUACAGCUUGGGUCUUGUGAGCAGCUAUAUGGACAAUAUGAUGGCAGAGAUGUUAGGACAGAAACCACAAGGACCUAGAAACAACACAUGGCCAAAUCGUGACCAAACUGAUGGAGUGUUUGGGAUGUUGGGAGAAAUCCUGCCUUUUGACCCUGCAGUUGGCUCUGACCCCGAGUUUGCCCGCUAUGUUGCUGGGGUGAACCAGGCUAUGCAGCAGAAGAGGCAAGCACAGCACGUCCGGCGUCCGAGCAGCACGCGCGGCAACUGGCCUCUGACCGAUGAUCCUCACAAAACCUGGCCCUUCCCUGACUAUUUCACCGAGGGUGAUGUGACAAACAGCUGGUCUGGUACUCAAGGGGACUCUGCCAGCUCAAGUGAUGAGACCUCCUCAGCCAACGGAGACAGUUUGUUCUCCAUGUUCUCAGGGCCAGACCUUGUUGCUGCUGUAAAGCAGAGGAGAAAGCACAGCAGUGGUGAACAGGAACCCAGCACACUGCCAUCGCCUCCCCUUCUCUCUGCAGCAGAUGACCGCAGUCAGGAUAACAAGACCAAAACGUGGCCUCCCAAGGCCCCGUGGCAGCACACAUCCUCGGUGCCCAGCACGCUGCCCAGCCAGAGCACGUCCCUGUACCCGCUGAGCAGCGCGGUGAGCCAGUGGAGCGACACCAUGCAGAUGCUGCAGUCGCCCAUGUGGGCCAGCGAGUGCGCGCCGGCGGCCGCCAUCUCCUCCAGCUUCGCCUACGCGCAGCAGCAGCAGCAGGCCCAGCAGGCUGCCCAGCACAAACACAUCAACAAGGGCUUCAAAUCCUUCCCCGUAAAGCACGAGCGCAGACCGUCCUACCUGCACCAGUACUGACUGCUGCUCCCACGGGAAAGUGCAGCGCAGGGCCAAAUGGAAACCACCUUACUUGGAUUCACAGUGCUGUGGUGGCUACAUCCUGUUUCUCUCUUGGUGUGGGAUGAGGGGGUUUGGGUGAGAUAGACAAACUCUUGGAUUCUGAGUUACAGUGCUGAGCAAAUAUGGCCAAUAUGUUUGGUGUACAUGAAACAGCCCAAAACUGUGAUGUAGAAAUGCUUUUAAAAAUGUGUAAUUGCCUUUACUUUCAAGACAUUUUUUUUUCUAAAAAGAACUGCUGAAGGACUACCAUACAAGAAACACUGUAUUUUAUAGCUAUUUUUCAUAUAGAUUUAUAGUUAAACAUCUUACUGAAACACAUUGAAUAUGUUGAAGCAAAUAUAUAGUGGUCACUUUGCUCAACACUGUUUGUGUUUAAAUUUAUAAAGGACAAGCUGUAGAGCCUUUGUAUUCUCCAUUACAGCCUGUGGGCAGCUUUUUUAAAAUGAAGUGCAACAGCAGCUUUUCCUGUGCCACACAAGCCAGUUCAUUUGGGAACGGCUGCAGAAACAGCUGCAAAACUGGGUUUUGUGGCAGUUUCCUCUAGGUGAAGAUCAGCAGAACCACUCAGCCUUGUGUUGCAAACGUUAUCAGAGCUGCUUGAUGUAGAUGGCACCUGUGUGACACUGGGACCCUGGUUCUCACACACCUGUGUGACAGUGGGACCCUGGUUCUCACACACACCUGUGUGACACUGGGACCCUGGUUCUCACACACACCUGUGUGACACUGGGACCCUGGUUCUCACACACACCUGUGUGACACUGGGACCCUGGCUCUCACACACCUGUGUGACAGUGGGACCCUGGUUCUCUCACACCUGUGUGACAGUGGGACCCUGGUUCUCUCACACACCUGUGUGACAGUGGGACCCUGGUUCUCACACACACCUGUGUGACACUGGGACCCUGGUUCUCACACACACCUGUGUGACAGUGGGACCCUGGUUCUCUCACACACCUGUGUGACAGUGGGACCCUGGUUCUCUCACACACCUGUGUGACACUGGGACCCUGGUUCUCUCACACACCUGUGUGACAGUGGGACCCUGGUUCUCACACACACCUGUGUGACAGUGGGACCCUGGUUCUCACACACACCUGUGUGACACUGGGACCCUGGUUCUCACACAAACGUGUCCUGUGGCUGUUUGGCCAAAGGCAUUAUCCACACGGUGCUCCUGCAGUGUGUGAAAGCAAAGCCUGAGAGACUACUUGCGUUUAUUUAAAGUCUUAUUUCAGAUGCUACAGUUGAUUAAAAAUUGUGAGCUGGCUCAGAAGAUACUAAAACCGAAAUGUGGGGUAGCAUUUAGUUAAAAGAACAUUAUUUUUUUUAAAAAAAAUAAAGUAAUUAUUUGCAGUCAAUAUGUGCCAUUAAGUGAACCUGUGGAAUUAGGAAUAAUCUUCCAACCAAAGUGGAUUGGGGUGAGUGACUGGUGCUUACAAAUUGAAGAACAAUGGUAAAUAUAUGUAUACCUAUCCCACUGUAUAUGAACUGAGAUUACAGAAGAUUCUUUAUAUAGUUAGAGCUUAUUUAAAUUUUCAUAUUUCAUCUUUGAAAGAGUCUAAAAACCACAAUAUUUUCUGGUAUAAGAGUUUUGACAGUAUUAAUCUUAUUUUUGUAUUUUUCUUAAGUCAUAUCAUUCUAAUAUGUUAACUACUAGGUUCUAACUACAUAAUUUUUCAAUGAAGAUAAAGCACAUUUUUUGGUUUUGGUUUUACAAACUAAGAACAUCUAUAUCUAAAGAUACCAAAAAAAAAAAUACAUUAUAUAUAUAUAUAUAUAUAUAUAUAUAAAUAAAAAGUAUACACAACACUAAAACUAUUAAACAUUUGGGUAUUUAAAACCCAUCCACCUUUUUUGUUUGUAUGGUGACGGGCUCUAUUUGCAGGCCCAGAUUGUUACCUUUUGUGCUGUUUGAGGAUGCCAAUGUUGCCUGUAUUUAUGAUAUUGUCACCAUGUUUUCUGAAACUUCAUACUUACCAUGUUUACAAAGAUUUGUUUGCUGUACAUAGACUUUUUACAGUAAUGUGCUUUGCACAAUCAGUGUGGCUUCUGUCUGUAAAUUGUUAAUGGUCUGUACUACUAUAAUUUUGAAAACCCUCCACUGAAAAUGUUAGUGGUUAUUUAACUUCAUGAAUGGUUUCGAGUUUCCUAAAUCUUGUUGUUUAGAUCUAAUAUAAAAUCCCAAAUUUGGUUGUACUUACUUGGUUAUUCAUACUAAGACCAAAAUGGAAGUUAAUCAAAACAACUUAAUUUUGAACUUUUU